ACCACCUAAUCCCGCUUGUAAGCCUCUUAGUCAAGCAUGGUUUGCUUGAAGACCAGUUCUAACCCGGUUCCUCACUGACAGAGCACGGUGAAGUGAGGAGGUGAACUUGUGAUGGCCAGUAGAGAUGAAGACAGUGGACACCAUCUGGUCAUUGCCACUUCCAGUGAGCCAUCUGAAGGUCACAUGGAAACUUCCAAUGAGGUAUCUGAAUUCCGUGUUGCUACUUCUAGUGAGUCAUCUGAAGGUCACAUUGCCGCUUCCGGAGAGCAGUCUGAAAGUCAUAUGGACAUGUUAGCUUUGAGAGGUGACUUGCCAGUUCCUGAUAUUGACUUAUCCAGGUCAGACAAGGAACAUGAAGGUCUCUUGGUACCCGCAGGUUCAGCUGAGCACAGGGAGGUCCUUGAGCUGGAGAGCCAAGCAAUCACACUAAGUACAGGUGAACAGCGUUCAGGGAACGCCCAAGCUGCCAACAUGAUCAACAUCGUCACUGGAGGGGCAGGACAAGGAACACUGGGGAGAGAUACCCUUGAUUUGCGCACAGAUGAAGCAAGGAAGAUUUUUUGCUCCAACUGA